AAGUUUUUUUUGCUUCACUUCGAAGUUUAACAUCAAUUAAAAUAAUGUUUUAGUUAAUUAAUCACGAUAAAUAAAUACAAAUCAAUGGCCUGAAGGUGGACAAUAUAAAUAUGACGGAGUUAUUUAACUAUUGUCGCAUUUGUUUACAAACAAAAUCCAGCAAUACUUCUCUGUAUUUGCAUGUCCAGCAGAAGUAUUUGCCCAGUGUCAUAGAAAAUAUUUGUGGCGUAGUGAUCUCAUCUUUUGAUGAACCACAGGCUUUAAUAUGUCGCGAUUGUGCUGAGGCCAUUAUACGGGCCGACAAUAUCAUACAAAAAUGCCAGGAAUCACAUAAAUUGCUAGCAAACCAAAGAAAACAAUUGUUGCUAGAAGACAAGAAAACUGCUAAAAGUGAUGAACAGCAAAAUGAGGAAUGGCUGUUGGCGGCAGAGUGUAAAAAGGAAAUAGAUUUAAGUGAACCAACAGAGGAGUCGGAAAACUUUUCACAACAUUACUUUGUAGAACCUGAAAUGCUGGUAGAAUCUAUAUUGGAAACUACUCUGCCGGAUUCACCCAGAACGAAGGCAAAAAGUAAAAUUUCCAGCAAUGUAAAUAAAACGGAGUGUAAAGAAAAAAAGGUACGUAAAAAAAGAUCACGUUUAAAACCAAGCGAACCAUUGGAAGAACAAGAGCUGUUAAUUCCCGAAGAAGAAAAUCCUGCCGCUUUAUUAUACCAAAGUCAUUUUAAAACCUCCAGACCUAAGAAAACCUUUGUGCGAAGUCGUGAACAAUAUUUAAAACGCAAAAUACGCAAUUAUCCCGUAAAAGAACCGCUCAAACUCAUAGGCGGCGCUGGAGUAGUACGCAAACGUAAACCCAAGUCCUAUCACCGAGCCAUACCAAAUUUCUAUUUCCGCUGUGAGCUGUGCCAUGAAUUUGAAUCGAAUGUUGCCUCUUAUGCCGUAACCCAUCUCACUACGGUGCAUGGUAUUGAAAGGCCGGCAAUUUUUCGCUGUUCCCAAUGUGAUGCCAAACCCUUCAUCAAGAAUCAAUCGCUGCAGGAACACAUAGCCACUAUUCACGAACAACAGCCCAAGAAACGUGAUUUCGUGUGUCAAGAAUGCGGUAAGACUUUCAUUAAAAAUUGUCAUUUACAAAAACAUUUACUGUCCGUACACAAAAUGGGCGAAAUGCCCUAUAAAUGUAAUAUACCACAAUGUGGUAAAGGCUACGUAGAUGCCUAUGCCUUACGUAUGCACAUGAAACAAACACAUCAUAUUGAUGACGAGCAAGAAAUUGAAUCACUAACUACUCUAUAUCAAUGCGAUGCCUGUGGUAAAUCAUUUAUGGAUUUACAAAGUUUAAAUGUUCAUAUAAAAACGGCACAUAGUCUAGAGGGUUUUAGUUGUUUACAAUGUGGUUACAAUUUUCGUCAGAAAGCUCGUUAUGAGGCUCAUGUGCGUAGGGCUAAAUGUAAACCGCCCUGUUUUGUGUGUCGUCACUGUGAGAGGACAUUUGUUAAACUUGUUCAGCUGGAAGAACAUCAAAGAGAAAUGCAUUAGAAAUGCAUGAAAAAUUAUUUAUUUAUUUGUUAUUUAUU